AUGUUCAAGAAGUUGAGGUUGAUUUGGUCGUCAUCGCCAUCAGCAACAGCCGAGAUCUUCCAAGACUUGAAACUGACACAUCCAGAGCCGGAUGCCGAGACGGCUAGUCUGGUUGGAAUGGACGGCAUCUCGAAGGGCGAGAAGGGCAAACUGGACUUGAUGGCGAUUAACAAGACCCAACAGAAUCAGAACUUUGGCAUCUGCAGUUCUGCGCACAAAGUUUUGAAGGCUUUGCCCGGAAUGGAUGAGUUGAAAGCUAGGAAACUAAUCUAUGGAGUCGUUAAUACUCCUGCCACUAAUAAUAAUAACAAUACAUUGGCAUCGGAGGGAUUCCUCCCGACGAGAGCACCAGCUCGUCGGAAGGAAUCCCUUCCGACAAGCUGGUGUUCUGGCCAAGGCGACCAAUUCAAAUAUCAUCCGGUUGACUCCCCCUUUGACAAUUGGACCCAAUGA